UGGCUUUCACAUGCUCUUCUUCUCCCACCUUUGGUGUGUUCCUGCCCAGGUUCGUGAAAUAACCCUGCAGGCGAGACAAAAACAAAGCCAUUUCAUCAGAUCCCAGCCAAGUACAUCACGCACCCACGAGCACGACCAGGCACGCACGGCAGAAGCGAUGGGCGUCGUCUCGGCGGUGGCGGACGCGGUGGUCGUCCUCUUCUCCCUCACCAUCGCGGUGGGGGUCCCGCUCAUCGACGCGCAGGCCGUCCUCUCGCACGACGCCUACCCGGCGCAGCUGCGGGACCUCAAGCGCUGGUACGCCGCCGAGUUCGACGACUACCUCAUGGCCCACCCGCCGCCCUUCUUCCGCGGCCUCUUGUGCCUCGAGCUCGCCUUCCUCUGGCCGCUCUCCGUCGCCACCGUCUACGGCGUCCUCGCCCGCCGCCGAUGGGCCGCCACCACCUCCCUCAUGGUCGGCGUCACCACCCUCACCUCCCUGUCGGCAAUAUUUGGCGAGAUGCUGGGCUCAGGGAAGGCAACGACGAAGCUGCUUCAGAUGUAUGUUCCAUACGCCGUGUUUGCUGUCAUUGCCAUCCUGCGCGGUCUCUGCUCAUGCUCGGCGCCGGCGUCGCCGGCAUCUUCUGCUCGGAAGAAGAGGGUCUAGAUUUGAUUUGCAUUUCUGACAUUUUUCAUCGAUAAAACAUUCAAGUUUCACUAGGUGUAAGAUGCUUUCUUCUGAGGCUGUACCGUCCAACCUAUCAUUCAACACCCAGUGGAAAUGGAAUGUCCAUACUGCCAUUGUUAAAUUUUGUUCACAAUUUGAAAAAGAUUGUACUGCAUCUGUUCUACUUCUAUGAUAGAUCAUGUUCAAGAGAGCAUCUGGUUUGCCAUAA